CUUUAAUAACCCCACUGAAGAAGAAGAAGAAGCUGCCCGGCCAUGACAACGAGAUGAAACAAUAUGAAAAGAUAAACAGUGUGGCGCCAUUGAUAAGCAAAGUGUGUGAAUAACCAAGAGGAGAAGGACCUAGGAAGCCGUACAGGUCAAUAUAAGAAGAGGUCACAGUGAUAGAGGUCCAAGGCACCAUGGAGCAGAGUGUGGUUGCCAGCUGCCACAAGCACCGCCGCACCACCCUGGAGCGCAUCGAGAAGUACAUCAGCCACAACCAGUUUAAGGACGUCAACCUGAGAAGCAGACUGUUCCCUGCGGCCAAAGUGGUGGACAGGUUGCUCCACUGGGCCGUGCCGGGGAGCCGAGGGUCAUGGGAGGAGUGGCCCUUCAGGAAGGUGGUGACACAGGACUUCCAGCCAGUAGCAGCGGGCCAGUCCUUUGGGCCGCUGUGGAGCACGCACUGGUUCAGGGUGGAGGUGGAUGUCCCUGCGUCCUGGGCCGGCGAGGAGGUGUGGCUGCACUGGGUGAGUCAGGCGGAGGCGCUGCUGUGGACCAAGGAUGGGGAGCCAAUGCAGGGUUUUUCACCGGGGGGGCGGCACCUCAGUCCCCUUCAAGGCGCCACGUGCACUGGGGACUCGGAGCCAGACCAGAGCCGCACCGAUUACCUCCUGCACAAGCGCUGGGACGGCUUGGGGCAUACCCUGGUGCUGUACGUUGAGAUGGCCUGCUGCGGCAUGUUUGGCGGCGGCAAGGACGGCAUGAUCAGCCCCUCAGACAAGGAUCGGACCUUUGCUGUGGAGGCCGUGGAGGUCAGCACCCGUGACCGCAAAGUGUUCAAGCUGCUGACUGACCUAGAGGUGCUGCAUGACCUGGCCUCGACCCUGCCCCUGGAGGACCCCCGGGGCCACCAGGCGCUGCACACGGCCAACCACAUCGUCAACGCCAUCGUCAAGGACAACCUCAGGGAGGCGAGUGAGUUGGCCGACAGUUUCUUUGCCAAGGGUAAUGGGGGCCUGGCACACACGCUGGCCCUCAUCGGAAACUGCCACAUCGACACUGCCUGGCUCUGGCCCUACUCAGAAACAAAGAGGAAAUGUGCCCGCUCCUGGUCCUCUACUCUGGCCCUAAUGGAGGAGUACCCAGAGCUGAAAUUUGCUUGCUCGCAGGCCCAGCAGCUCUCAUGGGUCAAGACGCACUACCCAGGACUCUUUGAGAGGAUCCGCCAGCAAGUGGAUGAGGGGCGGUUCAUCCCUGUGGGCGGAACAUGGGUGGAGAUGGACGGACUCAUUCCCAGUGGAGAGUCCUUCAUGCGCCAGUUUCUGUAUGGUCAGCAGUUCUUCAUGAAGGAAUUUGGCGUGAAGUGUCAAGAGUUUUGGCUGCCAGACACCUUUGGCUACUCGGCGCAGUUCCCACAAAUCUGCAAGCACUUUGGUAUCAGCCGCUUCCUGACACAGAAGCUGAGUUGGAGUCUUCUGAACAAGUUCCCACACCACAACUUUCUCUGGGAAGGACUUGACGGCUCAACCAUCCUGGCGCACUUCCCACCAGGGGACUCCUACGAGCUGAGAGUCAGGGUGAAGGAGGCCUUGCACACAGUAACCAACCUGCAGGACAAGGGACGUGUCAGCACCUCAGCCUUCCUCUAUGGCCACGGCGAUGGUGGAGGCGGCCCCACGAGACCCAUGCUGGAGCGUAGCCGCCGCCUCAGGGAUGUGGACGGCUGCCCCAAGAUGGAGCACAUGAGCCCAAGUGACUUUUUCGACCGCCUGGAGUCUGAGCGUCACAACCUCUGCCGCUGGGUGGGCGAGCUGUACCUUGAGCUGCACAACGGCACCUACACCUCGCAGGUACGCACACAGACACACACACACACACACACACACACACACACACUCAGAAUACAGAAGAAAGACACACUUGAGCGUCAGGCACAGCUGGGGGAGGCGUGGCGUAAGGUGCUGCUCAACCAGUUCCACGACGUCAUUCCCGGCACAAGCAUAGGAGCCGUGUACGAGGACUCGGACCGGCUGUACCAGGAGGCCAUGGAUGCUGCAGAGGGCGUGAGGUCGUACUGCUGUAAUCUGCUGUUCAAGGGUAUGUACAGUCGUGGCUGUUGUCACUCGGACGCCAGAGCUGGGCUCUCUGUUUUACUAAUCUUUUCAAUUUUUUACAAAUUCAUCGUCCAUAGCCACCUCACUCUCCCCGUACCUGCCUUCCCCGCUCCUCCUCGUCCCUGUCUUAACGGCCCCAAAAUUUCUUCUGAUGAGAGUGUGAGGUCAGCCCCUGAGAACAGGGUUGGGAAGUACUACGUGGCUGUGGUGGCUCCGGGCAUAGGCUGUUCAAGGCAGUUCAUGCCGCUCAUGAAUCCACCGGUAACUGUCUCCUUGGAGAACAACGUCUUCAAGCUCGCAAAUGACUUCAUCAAGGCAGAGAUCAACAUGGAGGGGCAGGUGAAGAGCUUGAGUCUGAAUGUUUGGCUUUGUGGGCGGCCGACACACACCAACACAUCCUGGGGCGCCGCCAAGUUUGAAGUCUGUGGCCACAAGUGGGCAGACCUUUCGACCAACCUUGGCAUUGCUGUGCUGAGUGAUUGCAAGUAUGGAUGGACUGCACGGGGCGGCAUGCUGAUGCUGUCACUGCUGCGCUCACCCAAGGCUCCUGACGCUGAGUGUGACAUGGGCACCCACACCUUUGCCUAUGCCCUCAUGCCCCACAGAGGCUCAGGGGACAGGGCGAAGGUGCAGCAACGUGCAUAUGAAUUCAACAAGCCUCUGUCUGUGUUUCCGACAACUUCAGACAUAGUUCGCAAGAUGUUCUUCAGCCUGGAGGGGGAUGGAGCGAUGAUCGAGGCGGUCAAGUUGGCAGAGGAUGGCAGCGGCGACGUGGUGGUCAGGGUUCACGAGACCUUAGGCAACAGCACCAGGGUCAAACUGAGAUUGCCGGAUGAGCUUAAGCUGAAGGAAGUGUUUCUCUGUGAUGGCUUAGAGGAACCUGUGGAGCAAGUUCCGCUGGAGAAACCUGCAAAGAACUACUCUGCGUAUCCCGAGCUCAGCCUGUCGCCCUUCAAAAUUGUCACCGUCCGUCUCUGUUACUCCUCGAAAUCCAAUGUGCUGCCCUCGUAAACCAGUUGCCUUAGACGUAUGGCAAGCUGGUGGCCUAAUUGUAUGUCAGCCUCGACCUGUCGCCCUUCAAGAUGGUUAGCGUCAGCCUCUCUUACUCAUGAAGCUCCAGUGUGGUGCCCUAAGAAACAAACUGCCAGCCUUUUUAUUUUUUGCAUCAAUGAAAACGGCUAAAAGGCAGGACAAACAGACAUCAAAAGCCCUUAGGAAAUUAGUGUUUGCUCUUUCAGUUUCCCUCAAGUAGAAAAAAUGGCUCGGGCAGUUUGUUGGCGAGGGUGACGAUAUGUGGCUGUGUGUGUGCGUGUGUGUGUGUGUGUGUGUGUCAAUCUUGUUUUGAAAUUGCCUUAGUUUUUACCUUGUA